AUGACCCCGUCGUCGCCGGCCGGUAACGCUGCCGACAACGCGCCGCCGCCCCCGCUAGCCGUAGACGUGAUCGUGGGCGUGCUCACGGGCGUCCUCCUGGCGCUGUUCCUCUUCCUCAUCUACGCCAAGCACUGCAAGCACCGCGGUCCAGGCGGCGCCCGUGGCGCGCGCGGCCGGCUGCAGGGCCUGGGGUUCGCGGCGUCGUCGACGUGCGACCGGUGCCGCUCCGGCCUGAGCCUGUCCGUGGUCGACGCGCUGCCCGCGGUCAGGUUCGGGGACAUGGGCGGCGCGGCGGCGGAGGCGCAGCCGGAGUGCGCGGUGUGCCUGGGCGCGUUCGACGCGGCCGCCGACGAGCUGCUCCGGGUGCUGCCCAAGUGCCGGCACGCGUUCCACGCGGACUGCGUCGACACGUGGCUGGAGGCGCACUCGACGUGCCCCGUCUGCCGCCGCCGCGUCGGCAAGGAGGACGCCUUCGCCGUCAUCCCCGAGAUGGACGCCGGCUACCCGGGCGGCGAGACGGAGAUGCAGAUCGUGGUGCACCGACCGGCGUGA